AUGCGUGUACAGCUCAGAGCAGCAGGAGCCCAGCACAGCCCUGUGGGGAUAGGCGUGAAGGUGGUUCCCUGUGAGGACACAGCGGGACCUCCCAAGGCCCUGGAGGAACGUGGAGUCUUGCUGGGAAGAGGGAGAGCUCCUCUCUGCCUGCUGCCCAUUCACCUACUGUGUUUCCAGGGAUUUAUACAAGGAUUUAGGGCUUGGAGCCUGGAAGAAUAUUAGUACCAUAGGAUUGCUGGAGAGCCUGACAGCGAUGGGGGAUGCACUACAGAGGAGGGACAUUCCUUCAGGAGGGCCUGCACGUCCGUGAGCCCUGGCUGCUGGUGGCGGAGGGUGCCUGGGGCUGGGCUGCUCACCCAGCCCUGGGCUGGGGGCAGAGCCGCGGUGCUUGCAGGGCACAGCCAGCGAAGGGCGAAGAGCUGGGGUAGGGUCUGCAGGGACAGCCCCGAGCCCUGGGAGACCGGGGCUGCCAGCAGAGCCUCUGCUCCUCCAGGCACCUCUUCCUGGGGUGGGGGUGGGGGACUCAGCGACCCUUGGUCCCUGGGCUCACCGUGGAUGUCCCUCCGUGCACCGCCGGCAGGACCGCUCCCCUAGUGCCGGUGCAGAGGGACGGAGGGCCGCUCGCCUCACCAUGGUGCUGCCACCACCUGACAAGCGCCACGUCUGUCUGACCACCAUCGUCAUCAUGACCAGCAUGGCCUUCAUGGACGCCUACCUGGUGGAGCAGAACCAGGGGCCCCGCAAGAUCGGCGUCUGCAUCAUCGUGCUGGUGGGGGACAUCUGCUUCCUCAUCGUGCUGCGCUACGUGGCCGUGUGGGUGGGGGCCGAGGUGAAGACAGCCAAGCGCGGCUACGCCAUGAUCCUGUGGUUCCUCUACAUCUUCGUGCUGGAGAUCAAGCUGUAUUUCAUCUUUCAGAAUUACAAAGCAGACAAGAAGAACCUGGAGACAGUGGCCAGGAAAGCCCUGACCCUACUGCUCUCCAUCUGUGUGCCAGGGCUCUACCUGGUGCUGGUGGCCUUGGACAGCAUGGAAUACAUACGGACCUUUCGGAAGAAAGAGGACUUGCGGGGGCGCCUCUUCUGGGUGGCCCUCGACCUGCUGGAUAUCUUGGACAUACAGGCCAAUCUGUGGGAGCCACAAAGGACUGGCCUGCCCAUCUGGGCAGAGGGCCUCAUGUUUUUCUACUGCUACAUACUCCUCCUGAUCCUGCCUUGCGUGUCCCUCAGUGAGAUCAGCAUGCAAGGGGAGCACAUUGCCCCACAAAAAAUGAUGCUCUACCCCGUCCUCAGCCUGGUCACCAUCAACAUCGUCACCAUCUUCAUCCGGGCCAUCAACAUGAUCUUGUUCCAGGACAGCAGGGUCUCCACUAUCUUUAUUGGCAAGAACAUCAUCGCAAUUGCCACCAAGGCGUGCACUUUCCUGGAGUACAAGCGGCAGGUGAAGGAGUUCCCCCAGAAUGCCAUUGCCCUGGAGCUCCAGCAGAACUCCCUCUCGCACAACCAGACCAUCCACAGCGCACAGGGCAUCCCUCACGAGCCGUCGCCCACCAGCGAGAUCCUCGACACAUGAGGGAUGCCCCAGCCAAGCGUUGGUUCAGAUAGCCCCGUGCUGAGCAGAGGAGGGAUGCUGCUUUCUUGCUGCCUGGUGCGAGCACGACCGACACGUCCCGGCAGGGAGGGCUCUUCUGGGCACAGAAACACCAACCGCGUUUUAAUUGAGCUGUGGAGUGUCCUCUAGACGUCUUCAUCUCAGGUAUAACCCUAGGAGUCCUCCAGACAAACCAAAUGUACUUGCAAAGGACCUGAACCAGCUAACCCUCUUUCUCCCUCCUGCCACAAUCUC